UUAAAUUAGUGAUGGGCAAAUGAAGCUUCAUGAAGCAUUUGUGGUCGUCUUGGCCACUGCAAUGGAAAUGUAUUCCAUUUAUUUCAUCCACUCCAUCUAAAAACCACAAAUGCCUUCUAGAGGAGUCAGAAAAUGUCUCAAGUGCUUCAAUCAGACUUAUUUGUACAUCACUACUGUUUAUUGACUUCGGUGAUUAAAAAGAAUACCCUAGUGCCAGUCAGCCAAGAGAUGGAGCUGUUACACCACCGAACAUCUCCAAAGUUGAUCCCUUGAAAAGUUCAAAUCCUUCAUAACAAAUCCUAGCCUUGGGUUGGCAAUACUAUUUCGAUAUAAAUUAAACGGGACGGUCUAAGAGGUCUUGAUUCAGAGCAAACCAGGCUAAAGAUCAAUGGCGGCAGCUGUUGUUGUUGGGGCUGUUGUCAAGCAGGCCAUCGCAUUACACUAAUGAAUCAAAUUCAUCAGGAAGAAAGGCCUGGGAAGAUGCGCACCACCAUGAUCAGGUCACCGAGUGGCUUGCAGAUCUUAAUUCGUUCUAAUAGGAUUAGCUCUUGCAAGCUGGGAUGCACAGGAAGCAUCUCAGCAUGUUGUAGUAUUCACUCCAAAACGUGUAUGUUCGCCUCAGGUUGCGAUUAUUAUUUUUUCCAUUAUAAUCAGAUCAUUAAUGGGGUGAUGUGGAGUAUUUCAAAAGUGUAGCUUCAAUUGGGUUAAAUGGGGCUGCUGGAUAAACUGUCAGGCUGGCUGGGCCUGAAGAAGAAGGAAGUCAAUGUUUUAUGUUUGGGACUGGACAACAGCGGCAAAACUACCAUCAUCAACCAAUUGAAACCAGCUAAUCGUUCGAAUUUCUUAGGGCCAUUAUCAGAAGAGUGGAAACAUGUUAGUCAGACACCGGGACAAGACAUAGUUCCAACAAUUGGCUUCAACAUUGAAAAGUUCAAGAGUUCAAGCCUUUCCUUCACAGUAUUCGACAUGUCUGGCCAAAGCAAAUACAGAAAUCUGUGGGAGCACUAUUAUAAAGAAAGCCACGCCAUCAUUUUUGUUAUAGAUAGCAGUGACAAAUUGAGAAUGGUUGUUGCCAAAGAGGAGCUCGAUACCCUUCUCAACCACGGAGAUAUUUGCAGCAAAAAAGUACCCGUGUUAUUCUUCGCAAACAAGAUGGAUCUCCGUGACGCCAUGUCGUCUGUCAAGGUUUCCCAGAUGUUGUGUUUGGAGAAUAUCAAAGACAAACCUUGGCACAUCUGUGCUAGCAAUGCUAUCGAAGGAGAUGGCCUGCAGGAGGGGAUGGAAUGGCUCCAAGGUGGACCACAAAGGGCAGCGAUGUUCUUAACAGGAGAUGAGAGAACAGCUUCUGAUGGAGGCCAAGCUCUACUUACAGAUGCAGACACCUGCCACUCAGCAAAGACUGAUGUCGGAAUAGUUUCAGCUUCUUCACUUCGCACUUGAGGAAUUGCUCAGAGUCCGUGACAAAAUGUAAGCUCGCUGGAAUUCGCAGUGCCCUUAACUGGAAGAG